UCACCUCGCUGGAACGAGGCUAUCUACGUUAUUUUAGCCUCCCAUUAAACGCGGUCCCAAAGCCGUCUCGCCUCCCCUUCCCACGUCUCCCUUAUUUAUUUCCACCCCCUGCGAUCUCUUCCUCUCUCUCGAAACCGUCUUCGUCUCUUUCUUUCCUCAUCCCUCCUCUAUCUCUUCGUUCUUGAUUUUGUUUGGUUCUUUCGAAAAAGUAGAAGAGGAGGUAUUCGUCGUCUCCAAUCUCUUGAUCUUUUCCGACGAAAGCUCGUCGAUAGUCCCGCCGGGAAGGCCGCCGCCGCCGGAGCAGCAGUUCCUUCGAUCUGCCGCCAUGAAUCCGGAGUAUGACUAUUUGUUCAAGCUUUUGCUUAUUGGAGAUUCAGGUGUUGGCAAAUCAUGUCUCCUACUAAGAUUUGCGGAUGAUUCAUACUUGGAGAGUUACAUCAGCACCAUUGGAGUUGAUUUUAAAAUACGCACUGUUGAGCAGGAUGGGAAGACUAUUAAACUUCAAAUCUGGGAUACUGCUGGGCAAGAACGUUUCAGGACAAUUACAAGUAGCUAUUAUCGAGGUGCUCAUGGUAUUAUUGUGGUUUAUGAUGUGACAGACCAGGAGAGCUUCAAUAAUGUAAAGCAAUGGUUAAAUGAGAUUGACCGUUAUGCAAGUGAAAAUGUGAACAAACUUCUGGUUGGGAACAAGUGUGAUCUUACUGCAAACAAAGUCGUCUCGUAUGAGACCGCUAAGGCAUUUGCUGAUGAAAUCGGUAUCCCAUUUAUGGAGACUAGUGCAAAAAAUGCCACUAAUGUAGAACAGGCCUUCAUGGCCAUGGCUGCUGCGAUCAAGAACAGGAUGGCCAGCCAACCAGCAAAUAACAAUGCCAGGCCGCCAACAGUUCAAAUCCGUGGGCAACCUGUCAAUCAGAAGAGUUCCUGCUGCUCGUCUUAAGUGAAUUAUUUGCACGUCAGCAUGUAAAACUAGCUGCUGCUUUAUCCAGAACUGACUCUUUAUCCUAUGUUUGAAACUGAUGGCAUGAUUCCAUUCAUUCUAGUAGUUGUUUGAAGCCUGUACAAAUCAGGGAUCUGAGUAUUAGUUAUGUUUCUAUCGUCGGAACUUCAAAAAGUGCAUAUCCUUUUUCACAUUCAUUUAUUAUGAUUAAAUGUUUCUUGUUCUUAUGGAAAA